AUGAGACGAUUAAAGAUUGGGAUUCGUCCCCAGUUAAUUGUUCUCGUUUGCUUUGCAUCGUUGUUUUCCCUUUUAAUAUUGGCUAUAGUCACAGGUGUUUAUUUUAGUACUAAUCUUAACAACCUUCGAAAAGAACGACUAGAAGUUAUUGCCCAAUUAAAAGCCACCCAAGUUCAACAAUCCAUAAUAUAUAUAUCAUAUCAAGUAUUAUGGCUUACAAAUGUAGAAGCUAUCACCACACCUUUAUCACAAUACAAAGCUGGUAAUAAUUCCGUUGAAAUUUUCAGCAGAGCCCAACAAACAUUAGACCAAUUAAUGGCAUCCACGGAAUUAUUUGCUGCUGCCAAAUUAUACAAUUUAGAUUUGGAAGUUAUGGCUUCAAGUUAUAGUAAUUCCACAAUAGUAUCAGAUCCAACGUUAUCAGCAUUAUUCCCAUUACAUCCGAAUGCAACAAUCCCAAGCACAUUAUUAAAUCCCCAAGCCGAUAGUGACAGUUCAGUAUAUUUCACAGGUCCUAUUGCAAACAACUCUCAUGAAUUAACAAGUACGUAUUUCAUGGGCAUUACCUUACCAGUAUAUUCCAAUUCUUCCAUCAUUCUUGAUCAACCAAGUGUUUCGGGAUAUCUUAGUGUCAUUGCAUCAGCACAAAAUAUUCAACUUGCAUUAAAUGCAAAUGCAAGUGGUCAACCAGAUUAUCAAGCAAUAGCAGUAAAACCAAUAUAUGGUACGCUUGUUCUGGGAAUUGAUAACAAUUCUGAUAAUGCACAGAAUGAUACGAGUGUGCAACCAAUUGGGUUUGAAACUGUUUUCCCGGUGUCUAAUAGUUUGCUAGAACCGGGUAAUAUUUAUAAUAUUAACUCGUCAUCAUCAAUAAAAGUUGCUAUAGAGAGUAAUACAGGAUCAAAUACAAAUGUUCGGUCGUACUCAGGAAAUAGAGUAGCUAUUGGAUUUACGCCGAUAAGUAUCGAUAAUGAUACAAAAUGGAUCAUUAUUGUCGUUCAACAAAGGUCGGUAUUCAUGGAACCGAUAAAUACGUUAAAGCGAAUAAUUAUUGGUGUUGUAAUUGGAAUUGGUGCAUUUAUGUGUUUGAUUACUUUCCCGCUUGCAGUGUGGUUUAUUAGACCCAUCACCAAAUUGAAGUUAGCCACAGAGGCAAUUACGCGAUAUAAAAAGGAGAAAGGAAAUAAUGGAGGAGGUGGAGGAGCUGAUGGUUCUGGAAAUGAUUAUGAACUGAUUCCCCUCGCAUCAAAAAAGCACACAAGUCGAAGUAAUUCAAUAAAUUCAACACAAACCGGCACAACAAAUUCAGUUUAUUCAACAGGGAUAUUAUUACCUGCUAGAAUCCCAAGAUCUAAGAAAUUCUUUAAAGAUGAAUUAACGGAAUUAUCUGAAGCAUUUAAUAUCAUGACGGAAGAAUUAGAUAAACAGUACACUCAUUUAGAAGAUCGAGUUAAAUUAAGAACUAAGGAAUUGGAGGCUAGUAAGAUUGAAGCUGAAGCUGCCAAUGAAGCCAAAACCGUUUUCAUUGCAAACAUAUCUCAUGAAUUGAGGACACCACUUAAUGGGAUUUUAGGUAUGACAUCUAUUGCUAUGGAAGAAGAGGAUCAGACAAGAAUACAAGAUUCGUUAAAAUUAAUUCAUAGAUCAGGGGAAUUAUUAUUACAUAUCUUGACUGAAUUGUUGACCUACUCGAAAAACACAUUGAACAGAUCCAAAUUGGAAAAAUCCAAUUUCCAAAUUCUUGAAAUUGUUUACCAAAUUAAAUCAAUUUUUAAUAAGUUAGCUCAAGAUCAGCGAGUUAACUUCAAGAUCUUUGUCAAGCCUAAUUUCUUUAGAAAAUUGAUUAUUUAUGGAGAUUCCAAUAGAAUUAUUCAGAUUGUCAUGAAUUUAGUUUCAAAUUCCUUAAAGUUCACUCCUGUUGAUGGUUCUGUCGACGUUACGUUUAAAAUAUUGGGUGAAUAUGAUUUAGAACGAUCACAGCGAGAGAAUUUCACCAAGGUUUAUAUAAUGAACGAAACACCUUCUAAUGAGCUGACUACAAGUAUAUCAUCGAAACGAGGAAUAUUCAAGAGGAGAAAGAAAGAAGCUGAACAAAAGGAAGAUAUUCUUAACCAAGACGAUGUAAUGAGUAUAAUAACAUUAUCUACACAAGAAUACGAAAACAAAAUAUUUGAAUCUCAAUUUAAUAAUAAAUCAUUACCAGAAAUUCCAAUACCAUCAAGCAGUUCAUCCAAUGAAGGAGAAGUGCCAAGUAAGGAUUCCUCAUACAUUGAUGAGAAACAACAGAGUGUUUCUUCAGGAACUGAUUCUACUCAUCUGAUUACCGAUGAAAAAGGUGGCGAACUAGCUCCAAUUACUUCACCAACCUCCUCCCAACGCCAACAGAUCAAUAUAAUUCCUCAACCGGAAUUCAAAGGAUAUCCUACUUUUGAAAAGAAGCCAUUGGUUGAUCCUACCAAUAUUUCAAAUAAUGAGAUUAUCAAGAAUAACAAGACUUAUAGAAUGAGAAAAUUAUAUAACCCCAAGACGUGGGUGAUUCAAAUUGAUGUUACUGAUACUGGACCAGGUAUUGAACCUGCAUUACAAGAAAAAGUGUUUGAACCAUUUGUACAAGGUGAUCAAACAUUAUCUAGAAGUUAUGGAGGUACCGGGUUAGGAUUGUCUAUUUGUAAACAAUUGGCUACUAUGAUGAAGGGAACUUUAACCUUAAAAUCUACCAUUGGGCAAGGCUCUACUUUCACAUUAACUAUCCCAAUACCUCAAACUGGAGAGAUUAUUGUGGAUCCAGAAGACUUGAAUGAUUUCUGCGAUGAUGAAUUCAACCCUAAUGCUAAAGUUAAUAGAAGGGUUGUAUUUGAAGAUGAUGAAAAUCUCGAAAGUAACAGAGAUUCAGAAAGUCAAGAUGAAGUUGCUUCCAGUCCAUUAAAAUUUGCCAAUAGCAAUAAAUCAUUUGAAUCGAAACCACCAUUAUAUACACGCAGCUCAACUGGUACGGCCAAUUCCGGGGGUGACAGUAAGAAAUCAACCAGUGAUCAUAAUAGCACUUUGCUUGAUGAAAUUUCUCAUUUGAAGAUCCUUGUGGCUGAAGAUAAUCUUGUGAAUCAAGAAGUUAUUAGACGAAUGUUGAAAUUAGAAGGAUUUAAUAAUAUUGCCAUGGCAUGUAAUGGAGCUGAAGCUAUUAGUCUUGUUAAGGAAUCAAUUGAACAGGAUGACGUGUUUGAUUUAAUAUUUAUGGAUAUCCAGAUGCCAAAGAUUGAUGGAUUGUUGGCUACCAAGAUGAUUAGAAAUAAUUUACAUUACAACAAUCCAAUCAUUGCCUUGACGGCAUUUGCAGAUGAAAGCAAUGUUCGAGAAUGUUUGAACAAUGGAAUGAGUGGAUUCUUGUCUAAGCCAAUCAGACGAACCAAUUUAAGAAAGAUUAUUGUUGAAUUUAGUCCUGUGUUGUUGAAUGAAACUGUGAUUACUCCACAGACACACCAUAGUAAUGAAGAAAAACGGUUAGGAUAUGGAACUUCAUACAUUCCUCCCAAUAAUAAUUCUCAUGAUACUACAAUGUCACCAAGUAUAGAUCAAUUGACAUAA